AUGGAAUACGUUUCUUAUUUUACCAAUAUUGCUCGAACCACAACACAAAAUGUGUUAGACAAAAUCAAUGGUUUCCUACAACGUCGUAAUCCUGAUGCACAAUCCGACUAUGCUGAAUUGGUUGACGAUGACGAUGGAACAGGUCAUCGACGUAUCAAAACUAUCCCGGCGACAUCAUCAAAAUACGGCUCCUAUAUUCCAUCGCGUUUCCGACUCAUUGAUUCCAUUCGAAACAUGCCUGUACGGUAUCAAACCGCAUUUCUCAGUUCCUUAGGUUUUCUCAUCUCGUUCGGCAUUCGUUGCAAUAUGGGGGUUAGUGUUGUGGCCAUGACACAUAAUGAAACAGAAAGAUUGCCUAAUGGAACCCUCAAAGUUAUCAAACUUGCUCAAUUUGAUUGGACACCAGGAAUUAUCGGCAUUGUCGAUAGCUCGUUCUUUUGGGGCUAUCUGAUUACACAGGUGCCCGGUGGAUACUUAGCAGCAAAAUUUCCUGCGAAUCAUGUAUUUGGAUUUGCACUUGGUAUAUCUUCGUUUCUCAAUCUAUUCAUUCCAUCUGCUGCCAAAGUUCAUUAUGGUCUGGUGAUGAUUCUUCGAAUUCUCCAGGGACUUGUUGAAGGUGUAACAUACCCAGCAGCACACGGCAUAUGGCGAUGGUGGGCACCACCAUUAGAACGAAGUACUUUGGCAACAAUCUCGUUCACCGGUUCGUACGCAGGGGCUGUACUUGGCAUUCCACUGUCUGGAAUUCUAACCGAGUACUUUAAUUGGCAGGUGGCAUUCUAUUUUUACGGCCUGGUUGGAAUUAUCUGGUCUGUGUAUUGGUGGCAUUCGUCUUAUGAACGACCAGCUAUUCAUCCGAAGAUCAGCGAAGAAGAACGGAUUUACAUUGAAGAGAGUAUUGGAGAAGCGAGUUCGAUUGCCAAUAAGACUUGGAUCAAACCACCUUGGCGAGAAUUUCUACAUUCAAAACCAGUCUGGGCAAUCAUUGUAGCUAAUUUCUGUCGUUCAUGGUCAUUCUAUUUAUUAAUUAAUUCUCAAGCGGAAUAUUUUCGUGAAGCACUUGAUUACAAAGUUGGCAAGGAUCCAUUCUCAGCAGCUCUACCCCAUUUGACCAUGUCGUGCAUUGUUCCAUUUGCUGGAAAAUUAGCCGAUUAUUUACGGACAAAUUAUUUAACAACGACAGUCGUGCGAAAAAUAAUGAACUGUGGUGGUUUUGGAAUGGAAGCCGUAUUUCUUCUCCUUGUUGCUUAUGCAAAGACCUCGCGAUUAGCUAUCUUGGCUUUGACGAUUGCGGUGGGAUUUAGCGGUUUUGCUAUAUCAGGGUUCAAUGUCAAUCAUCUGGAUAUUGCUCCACGUUAUGCAAGUAUUCUCAUGGGUAUUUCGAAUGGUGUUGGUACACUAGCUGGAAUGUUAUGUCCAGUCACAGUGGAAUUUUUAACGAAAAAUGGCACUCGUGAAGAAUGGGCCCAUGUAUUCUUAAUUGCUUCGUUAAUACAUUUCGGUGGUGUUAUAUUCUAUGGUCUAUUUGCAUCCGGUGAAAAACAACCAUGGGCAGAACCACCGUCUACAGAUGAUGCUUACAAAUAUGGUAACGAACAAACCACUUCGUAUGGAUCGACGGUAACAGAUGGUGGCGGCAGUAGUGGCGUUGGGGGUAAUACUGGCUAUCAAUCAGCCGAUCCGUUUGCUGGAAUGGCGAAUGGAAGUUAUGCAAACUUUCCCGGUCGAUACAAUGAACAAACAUCAGCAGUUCCAUUAACUAUCGAGAACCCCAUGUAUCGCAAUUAUCGUUGA